GUGCUUUUACCUUCCCCGGGUACCCAUUUAUCGACCAUUCCGAAAAGAGCGGAGGAGGAGGCGAGGCACGCGCGCGCCGUGUUGUGGGAACCUUUGGGAGGGAGGACACAGCAGCGCGCCACACCAUGUCCACGAGAUGGUACCCACUCUAUCGGCACGGGAACCCCCAGCUGAGAGUGUUCCUACCUAACUUCUUUAUGAAAAUCGUCAAGCCCAAGGACCCCCAGCCGCCUAAUGUGGUUCAGUUCCAUGUGUCGCCUGAGAUGACCAAAUACGACAUCAAGAACUACCUGGAGAAAAUAUACAAAAUCAAUGUGGAGAACAUCAUCACACACAACAAAAUGGGUGAAUUCUCGCGGAGUAAGUUUGGAGGAUACAUCGUCAAGGAUGAUGACUACAAAGUUGCCUAUGUGACCCUGCCAAAGGACCAGAAGUUUGAGUUUCCAGAUCUUUUCCCAAAAGAAAAGGAAGAGGAAGUGGAGAAGCAGAAGAAACAGAUUAAGAUUCUUGAGAGAGAAUUUAAAAGGAUAACGAGACUCCACAACCACAGGCAUGGCGUGCCGGGCUGGUUUGGAGUGUAGCGUGUCGCCCUCCAGGGUGUGGCGCAGUGCUGGAAGACACCAAACUAGACUGGGCAAACCUAAAUCAUCACGGGGUAAAGAGAAGAGAAUAGUAGGCAUUAUGAGUUACCAGGAAAUGAAAAAAAACAGGAUACAAAGCUACCCAAUACGACACGGGCCAUACGACAUGUGAAUUAAAAAGCAUGUAUGAAGUGGAGGAUCGGGGAGAUAAUGAUCGCCAAAUAACAAUAGAAGCAGGUUGGGGUGUUACACAAAAACUAUCUUGUCUGAGGUCAUGAUAGGUAGUCACCAGUAAUGAAGACACUGGAAAGAUUGAUAGCUAUGUAUUUCAGGUGCUACCAAGUGUAGGAUGUCUGGCCUCUUGUAGUCUCUUCUGUCCUUGUGUACCUACCGGAGUAAUGGCCUGGAGUGUAUUAGUCGCCCCCUUGUGGUGGGAUGGUUGCUGUGUGUGUUGGUAUGGAUGGAAGUGAAUAUAUAUUGCGAGAAGUCCAUUUUAACGCCUCAAAUUAAUAAGGUUACGGGAAAAUGUUACUUGGGUUAAGCAGGAAAUAUUAGGUUAAGUGAUACAUUCCUAGCCUUAACAUUAAUUUGUGGCAUUGCAGUGGCCUUCUGGCAAUAGAAAUAUCCAUGUUGAGUUACUAUUCUGCACUAUAUUGAAGCUGAUUAAUGACUCAACACUUUAUCCAACCCCAUGAAGGAAGAUGAGGUUGUUAAAUGAGAAGAAGUAGAAGAAGAGAAAAAAAAGUAGAAAUGGAAAAUAAGGUUGCUGAAUGAGAAGAAGUAGAAGAAAUGGAGAAAGAAAGAGAAAAAAGAAGUAGAAGUGGAAGAUAAGGUUGUUGAAUGAGAAGAAGUAGAAGAGAAUUAGAAAGAAAAAAAGUAGAAGUGGAAAAAAAGGUUGUUGAAUGAGAAGAAGUAGAAGAAGAAAAGGGAAAGAAAAAGAAAGAAAAGUAGAAGCAGAAGACAGAGAAGCUGAAAAAGAAGAAGAACCUUAUUUUAUUACUACAUGAACGUAACUAUUGCCAAACCAGUCUUUUUCAUCUUCUGUAGACCUCUGACGCUUUGUAUCGCUCGGGUCUCUUCACCCUGACCUGCCCUCCUGUGUAGCCUUUAAUCACCGAAGGACAGAAUGUACAUACUAAGAUAACUUGCUCUUUUAACUGUUCUGUACAUACAAUCAUUGUCGUUUAUAUAAAGAAGGAAUCGUUUUA